UUCGUACCGCGUUGCUGGAUUGCACCUCUAAGGGUGAAUUCAGCUCCCCUGCAUUUUAAAGUCUUGAACAGGAGCUUCGAUGGUCAUGAAUAUCAGCCACUCCUUGCCCUCCUCCGUAUCCGGAAUAUCCUUCUCAUUCUUGUCUGCCGAAGAUGUUCGUCGUAUUUCGGUCAAGCAAAUCGUCAAUCCAAUUCUUCUUGACGAUUUGAACCGGCCCAAUUCUGGUGGACUCUACGAUCCGGCUCUUGGGCCAAGUGAUCGACAGGACAUAUGUGCAACAUGUCGCUUAACAUAUUUUACCUGUCCAGGACAUUUCGGGCACAUAGAACUUCCAGCGCCAGUUUUCCAUCCGUUAUUUAUGACGAAUAUGUAUAAUUUGCUUCGUGGAACCUGCCUAUUCUGUCACAGAUUCAAGAUGUCCAGGACAGUACUAUCAAAAUACGCCGCGAAAUUCAAACUUCUUGAGUAUGGACUGCUAAAUGCGGCUCAAGGAGUUGACGAUUUGCACCUCGCUGGUACACUUACCGAGCCGCCGAAAGGGAAGAGGAAAGGCAAAGACUUACCCAAGGAAGAGGAUGAAGCAUUCGAUGCUGAGUCGGAUGAUGAAUUUAUAUCCCGGGUGGAGGCAUAUGUUCAUCUUCAGCUCAGCCGUGCCUCUAGUAGCAAGAGGGACGAUUAUAAAGAUGCGCUAGUCUAUCAAGCACGGAAAGACUUGAUCAACGAAUUUCUGAAGAGCACAAUCCUGAACAAAUGUCACAACAAGGAUUGUUCGUCAUUCGCAUACACAUUCCGCAAGGAGAAUCACACAAAAAUUAUCGAAUAUGAUUUAUCCGAAAAACAAAAGCGUCAACAACUGAAGAAACGCCCGGAUGUUCUCCUUCUAGAAAAGGCGAAUAGGUUUACUUCUCACCAGAAAUCUCCACGCAACGAUUCUGAUGUUGAGAUGGGCUCCGCCAACACAGACAGUGAAGGAGAAGGUGAUGACCUGGAAGAAGAGGGCGAGGACGAGGACGAGGACGAGGACGACGGGGAUGAAGAAGUAUCUGGGGCGCCCCUUCCGCGUGCCGCCAAUGGGAAAAUCAAGACGAUGCGAGGACGAAAUGAGCGAAUCUUGGCUCCGGAAGAAUGCAGGGCGCAUCUUCGUCGCCUGUUCCGAAAUGAAGAGACAAUGUGCUCUUUGCUUUACGGCAAACACGGUGCCUUUGCUAAACGAAACUCUAAAGGACUUGCAGUUGCGUCUGCUGAUAUGUUUUUCCUCGAGGUGAUCCCCGUAGCGCCUACCCGAUUCCGUCCACCUGCUUCCAUGAACGACGUUCUUUUCGAACAUCCUCAAAAUGAGCUCCUGGCUAAAGUACUGAAUACAUCAUAUCGCCUCAGAGAUCUCAAUCUCAGUCUGCGAAACGUCUCUCAGAAGGGCCAUGAUUAUAAUGAGGCCGAGAAGACAAAGCUGAUGAGCAGCCUUUUGGAUGCCCUUCUUCAGAUGCAAGUCAAUGUCAACAGUUUCAUGGAUAGCUCCAAAAACCCCGCGCCCGUGAGACAAGGCAAGCUUCCUCCUGCAGGUGUGAAGCAAGGUCUGGAGAAGAAGGAAGGGUUGUUCCGAAAGCAUAUGAUGGGUAAACGAGUUAACUACGCCGCACGAUCUGUUAUUUCUCCCGACGUCAACAUUGAACCCAAUGAAAUCGGGAUUCCGCCGGUCUUUGCCACGAAGCUUACUUUCCCCGAACCAGUUACGGCAAUGAACGUCGUCGAGAUGCGCCAGCGAGUAAUUGCGGGUCCACGGGAACAUCCGGGGGCAACAAUUGUUGAGUACGAAGAUGGUCACCAGGUGUCACUGGAUAAACUUUCAAUAGAGCAAAGAACGGCAGUUGCUAACCAACUCAUGACACCUCAAGCCGAUGAGCAUGUUGGUUCUGGUAGACGUGGACUGUACACCCGGACACCAGCGAUUAACAAGAAGGUCCAUAGACAUCUUCGAGAUGGCGAUAUGUUGAUACUCAACCGGCAACCCACACUACACAAGCCAAGUAUGAUGGCACACAAAGCCCGUGUCCUACAUGGAGAGAAAACUAUUCGGAUGCAUUAUGCUAAUUGUAAUUCCUAUAACGCGGAUUUCGAUGGUGAUGAGAUGAAUAUUCAUUUCCCUCAAAAUCAGGUGGCCAGAGCUGAGGCUCAAAUGAUCGCAAACACAGACAAUCAGUAUCUUGUACCAACGUCUGGAAAUCCUCUGCGCGGACUCAUCCAAGAUCAUGUAGUCGCAGGUGUCUGGAUGACCACCCAGGAUGCUUUCUUUGAGCGUGAAGAGUAUUUCCAGCUUCUGUGUGGUGCCCUCCGAGCCGAUGAGGUUGUCGAAGAUCGUCUGGUUACUCUACCACCCACAAUAUGGAAACCUCGGCCUCUGUGGACUGGUAAACAGAUUAUCUCCACGAUUUUGAAAAACAUAACCCCGCACAAUCGAUUGGGCCUAAAUCUCACUGCUGGGACCAAAGUGCCAGGAAAACUAUGGGGUCCUUCGUCAAAGGAGGACAUAGUCAUCUUCAGGGAUGGCGAGCUCCUAUGUGGCGUCCUUGAUAAGGCUGCUUUUGGGGCCUCAGAAUACGGUCUCGUUCACUCAGUUUACGAGUUGUACGGGGCAGACGUCGCUGGGCAGCUACUCGGAAUUCUCAGUCGUUUGUUCACCAAAUUCCUCCAACACCGGGCAUUUACCUGUAGGAUGGACGACUUGACGCUCACUCCCGUUGGGGAUGCCAAGCGGAGAGACAUCCUAGAUCGCGGAAAGAACCUUGGUACGGAGGGUUCUAUUGAAAACUUCCCUUCUCUGGCGAACACACCGAAAGAAGACGUCCCCCAGGCUCUGAAGCAGCUGCUGGAAGAGGUAGUGAGGGACGAUAGCAAGAUGGCUGGAUUGGACAUGACAGUCAAGUCCAAGCUUGGGAAACUCACCUCAUCCAUCUCCGAAGCAUGCAUGCCCAAUCACCUUCUGCGAAAGUUUCCUCAUAAUCACAUGCAGGCCAUGACUCGUUCCGGUGCAAAGGGAUCAGAGGUCAAUGCCCGACAAAUAUCAUGCGGUCUUGGCCAGCAAGAACUCGAAGGUCGCCGGGUGCCCGUUAUGGUCAGCGGAAAGACCUUGCCCUCCUUCUCCCCUUUUGAGACCAAAGCAAUCUCCGGCGGAUAUGUUGCAAGCCGGUUCUUGACAGGAAUCAAACCACAAGAAUUCUAUUUCCAUUGCAUGGCGGGUCGCGAGGGUCUCAUUGACACAGCUGUUAAGACGUCCCGCUCUGGGUACCUGCAGCGGUGUCUCAUCAAACACUUGGAAGGCAUACGUCUUCAUUAUGACUACACGGUUCGGGGCAGCGAUUCCUCUGUCUACCAAUUCCAUUAUGGAGGAGAUUCGCUUGAUGUUACGAAACAAAAACAUCUCCGGCAGUUCGACUUUCUUGCCGCCAAUGAGACAUCUUUCCUUAGUCUUCUGGAACCUGUGCAGCUUAAAGAUGUUGUCGACCAGAAGACAGCUUUAGAGUAUAUGAAAAUGACUCUUAAGGCGCUCAAGAAGGAUCCCCAACAAAAUAUCUAUGAUCCCGCGUUGUCUAUAUACAGCCCUAGCCGUCAUAUGGGAAGUGUCUCCGAGGGUUUUGCUAAAGCGAGGGACGAUUACAUCAAAAAGAACCCGCACCAUCUAAUCAAGAAAAAGGGCGAAGACACUUGGUUCAAACGACGGACGAAUUUGAUUUCUAGCAGCCAUUUCAGGAUGUUGGCGAAUGUCAAGUACAUGCGCAGUUUAGUAGAGCCCGGAGAGGCUGUGGGUUUACUAGCUUCUCAAGGCGUUGGAGAGCCAUCCACCCAGAUGACUUUGAACACCUUCCAUUUUGCUGGUCAUGGUGCUGCAAACGUCACGCUCGGUAUUCCACGGCUACGUGAGAUCGUUAUGACCGCAUCUCAGAAACCCAAAACACCUUCAAUGACCAUGACAGUUCGCCCUGGUAUCCCCCAGGCGGACAUAGACAUGUUUUGUAAGCGUGCUAGCAAACUGACGCUAUCUCAAGUUGUCGAAAAGGUUACUGUCACGGAGCAACUGAAAGCCCAGGGUGCUGCCCGACGGCUGGAGUAUCUUUUCGACAUUACGUUCUUCCCCGAAACAGAGUAUAGCGCAGAACAUGAAGUCGAACCCUCCGAAAUCCUUGCAUGUUUCGCCACAAAGUUCCCUCUAACUCUCAAGAGGGAGAUUGUGAACGAGAUGAAGCGACUAGAUUCUGAUGUCAAGAGUCAGAUGGCAGAGCUAGGACGCGGAAAGAAAGUAAGGGACGAAGGCACGGCUGUCGGUGAUGGAGGAGAUGGCGACGCAGGUGAACCCACAAAGAAAAGAGGUGAUGACGAGGGUAGCGAAAUUGGCGACGGUGACGCCGAUGACACCAAACGAGCACGCCAGCGGAAGCAGCAGGCUACAUAUGAUGAUGGUGAUGAUGAGGAGGAGGAGGAGGAGGAAGAAAAAGACAUGGAAGCAGAACUAGAGGCCGAGUUUGCCUCUGAUACAGAAUCCGAGUCUGAGGAUGCGCACAAGGCUCGGUCAAAAGGGCUCCAGGAGGAUGCAAAGCGCGUGGCGGAUCUCUUCAUGGGACAUCUCCACCAGUGCGCGUCCUUUAACUUCUCCGAGUCUCGGUGUACAUUCACACUUGAGUUCUCCUCUGAAAUGCCUAAGCUGCUAUUCAUCGGUAUCGUGGAGCGCACUUGUCGCUUAACUAUCAUCCAUCAGAUUUCUGGUAUCACCGACUGCUUCCAGGUCAAAUCAGAUGGCAAAAGCGGUGACAGUAGGGCGACGCUCACAACUAACGGAUCAAACUUCAGGGGUAUGUGGGAGUUUUGUGUGCCCGAUGUUGAAGGUAUUCUAGAGGACCAUGAGACGUAUUCGAAUGACAUCUAUGCCAUUUUGAAGACGUAUGGUGUCGAGAUGGCCCGAGCUGCUAUCUUACGAGAGAUGAGUGGUGUCUUUGGCGUUUAUAGUAUCAAGGUGGAUCAACGUCAUCUGGAGCUUAUUGCAGAUUAUAUGACGUUUGAAGGCGGCUACAAGCCGUUUAAUCGGAAGGGCAUAUCCACAAAUCCAUCGCCACUGCUGAAGGCGUCGUACGAGACAACCGCAGCUUUCUUGUCCGACGCAACACUGUAUGGGGACUUCGAUGAUCUAUCAUCACCUUCUGGAAACAUUGUUUUAGGACGACCUAACUUGACCGGGACGGGAGUCUUCGACGUCGUGAUGCCUGUAGACACGCAAAUGUAG